ACGCCAUUGGCUGAAAGCAUUUUGUUCGUUUGGAUCUCCGACCAAUGAGCUUCGCCCAUUUAGUACACAACUUUUAUCAACACGAAUUUGAAAGUUCAACCGUCGAAGUGAGAGGGAGGCGAGAGGCCGUCGUGUUCGGGAGUGCAGUUCGGGAAGUUAAGGGGGGUUAGAAGAAUUGAUAGGUUUCGUGUCUUGUUUCGAAGUUUCGUUUAGUUGUAGCACUCGUUCUCACAAAAUGGAAAAUUAUCGCUCGUUGUACAAAGUGGCGGGCAAGACAGGAAAAUCUCAAGGCGAGAAACGGGAGACGGCUCGCCGCGAGCAGAAGAAGAAGCGGGAAGAUACCUUCUUGGAGAGGAGAAAGAUUGAGCAGGAGCCAUCCACGUCUGCUGCGCCCUCCCCCUCAAUAGCAAGCCCCAAGAAAGAAACAAGACGUGAGAAGUUAUUGAGAUGGAAAGCUACAAAGGAUAAAAUUAUUGCCGAACAAAAGCUUAAUGACAAGAAGCGGCCUCCGUUUAAAGUUGGUGUCGCACAUCAUGCUUUGGAUCCGGUGAAAGGAUUAGUUGCCCCCCCAAUUUACACCACAGCAAAAUGCACCACUUCCAAGAAAGCCGCUGCUGAAUCUUAUUCAAUUGCCACCGCUAAGCACAAGGCAAAACAGCCCUCUGCGGCUGCUUCUUCUCUUGCUUUGCUUGCUGAACCUUCUGCAGCCCCAACCUCAAGCGCCGCAUUUUCUGGCAGGGUAACAAGGUCCAGAUCAGCUGCAGUAUCAGCAGCGUCCAAGACAGCUGCGUCCAAGACAGCGGCAUCCAAGACGGCGGUGUCCAAGACAGUGGUGUCCAAGACAGCAGUGUCCAAGACAGCGGUGUCCAAGACAGCGGUGUCCAAGACAGCGGGGAGGACAGCAGCGUCCAAGACAGCAGCAUCCAAAGCAGCAGCCAAGCCAACUGCAUCAAAGACACCAUUGGAGUUGAAACCCACAAGAAAUACCAAAACCUCUGUCUCUAAAUCUGUCAAGAAACUUCAAGAGACCUCAUUUGCGCCCCAAAAUCAUCAAUUCAAGGCACCUGCAAGUUUAACUCUUCCAACAACACCUCUUGCACUGAAAAGGAGUGCUGCGAGGUAUAAGGAAACCGGUUGGCCUUCUAUUGCUGGUGUUGGUCUGCUAAGCCCAUCAACUGCGGAGCCCUCGCCCAAAGUAGCCAGAAGGGAGUCAACUGUGGCAUCACAAAGAAGAGGGCGACUAUCUCGAGCAGUCAAAGAAAGAACGCCAAGGCAAUCAAUUAAAACAUCAAAGGAGGGAACACCAGCAAAGGCUCCUCUGCUAGUGAAAGAAGCAACACCAGCAAAGACUCCUCCGAAAGUGAAAGAAGCAACACCGGCAAAGACUCCUCUGAAAGUGAAAGAGGCAACACCAGCAAAGACUCCUCCAAAAGUGAAAGAAGCUACACCACAAGACCUACCUCAAGUUGUUGAUACUAUUGUUGCAAGUGGAUCAGCCCGAAAGAUGCGUCGUCUAAGCCGCAAAUCUGGAGGAUUUGUUGUCACAGCCAUGCCUGUUUCUACAUUAUCUGUAACGAAGGAAGCUGCAGUUUCUCCUUCUGUAGAAGAAGCCACUAAUGUUGUCGACGUGUCACUAACUGGCAGUGCAGGCCGUCCAAAACGGUCCAUGAACAGCAAAAAGCGUCAAAGUCUGAGAGAAAAGGAGAAUGUUCCUGAUGUAAACCUAGCACAAGUCCCUAGUGCUGAAGACUCAUUUUCUCUUUCUCUGCCUGAGGAAGAUGAAUUGGAUUCUAUUGUUGCCAGUUCAAGGAGAAUGUCUAUUCAUGAGCCAUCACCUCCUGUCCAUGUAAGCCCAGAUAUGCUGGCCAAUGGAAUGGUGCCUGCUCAGUUCAGCCCUUUUGUCACUUCAGCUCGUGGCAAGGACAAAUACAGCCUUCAGAAGAGACGGAGCAGCCUUAUCCCUAUAGUUCCAGAGAUCUCACCAGAGGAGCUGGUCAAUGAAAGACAAGUAGAGCACUUCAGGAACUUAUUAGAGCGAGAGUCAUCCCGUUUGUUAACUCUGAGUGCGUUAUGGGAAGAAAGGAAAGCUGAAGUUCCUCCUAUUAUACAUGACAAACUCUUAGGCCCGAUUGGACAAGCCCGCCUUCUUGUCAAAGAUAAAUUUCAACAGUUUCGAAGUCUAGUUGAUAAAUUUGAGUCUGGAGAUUCUGAUGGGAAGAUCACUGCUGAUGACCUAACUGGGUUUUGGGAGAUGGUGAUGUUAACAGUCGAAAAUGUAGACAAGCGUUUUCAGGAGCUUGAAGACUUAAAAGCAAAUAAUUGGGAAGAGAAACUGCCUCAGAUCAUACCGAAGAAAACUGCCCCACAUGCUGCUUCCAAGCCUGCAAAACCUCGUACUCAAUCUCGUAUCAGAGACUUAAUUGAAGCCGAUAGAAAACGGAAACAAGCAGCCAAACAGAAUAAAUCUGCAAGUGUAUCAUCGGACACCACUACUUUUGAUGGGGGUUUCUUCAAAGUGGAAAGUCCUAAGAAAGUCUUAUCUUCUACGAAGACAAUUACUAGCAGUCCUAUUCCUAAAAUUUCUAAACCUGUGCUGUCUACACCUCGACAAUUUCACAGACGCAGUUUACUCCAGCAAGUUCUUACAAACUCUGCUGUUCGUGUUCAGAACUCUCCUGCUGCCUCCCCGCUCAACAAGAGUCUUCCCUUGUCUGUGUCACCCAAAGUGGCUGCUGCUCAAAUGCGUGCUUCUGAAUUGGGCAGGAGAAUGAGCAUGGAUUCAGGGAAUCAUACCUUCUCUGAACCCUCUUCUCCAGUUCCUAAAACUGAACCAACCAAGAGUAUUCUGAAGUCUGCUGUGAGGAGAAGUUUGAGAGUGAAUACACCACGGAAUAGGGUUGCAUUUGAGGUUUUAAAUCAAACUGAUAAUUCUUCUCCAGGUUCACCGAUUCUUGUAUCACCAGCUGGGACACCAGUUUCUGAAAGGAUUGCUACCCCAGGAAACAGAAAAAGGGCAUCUCUCAUUCCUCGGCCUGUUUCUACUCCUAAAACAGGUGAGAGAGUUAGUCUGCUGCCUGUGCGACAAAGUCUGGUACCGUCAAGGCCUUUAUCUAAUGGGGAUCUGAUAGACUUUGAUAGUCCAAGAAGAGCAUCCAGGUCAUAGAAAAAUUUGUCAAAUAUAUGAAAACCCCUCUGUCAACGCCAACAGCUUGAGGCACUCAUUCAUUCAGUUUUAUUCAAUUUAACGGUAAUUAGAGGCUAUGUAAAGAUAUUUUUAUCCUAUUGCUUGAGAGAAGUUGUGUCAUUCUCAUGAAUUAUUUAAGUUUCCAUAAGUAUGUACUCAUUUUUCAAUGAUAAAUUCAUUUUCAAAUUUAAAAGCUUUAAUUAAUAGCUCCAUAAUUGAAUGUGUGUUAUACUAUUUUUAAGCUUAAUUUAGUUUUAUGUAAUUUUACUUUGAAGCUGUAACUACUUCUUAUUUUAUGAUUCAUCCUUCUUGAGUUCUUCUGUACCAUAUUGUUUCUUCGAAGUUUCUAAGCAGAUCACUCUGUUAAUGCAGUCCUAUGGUCUUUGAAACUAAUCGGCUGAUUCUGAUCUCUUCAUAUACUGACUAGGGUUCGCAUGUAUAGUUGGGAUAUCAUUUUAUGUUAAAUGGUUAAAUUCUGCAAAAAAUAAAUUUUAGUAAUAUACGUA